AUGAGAGUCUGUUCUAUUCAGAGAUUCCUGUGCGUUACGUCGGAUAUUUUCAACAGGAAAGAAGCUCGGGUGGUCGUGGACGGGGCGCUGAAGAACGAGAUUCGAACAGCUAAAGAACCCGUGAGGGCCUUACACCUCACCACGGCCCUCGUGCUGGGCGCGACGUUGGAGCGGAAGGACGGCUUCGUCGGCUGUAUGAGGGCCCUGCUCCUCAGCGGGAAACCGGUCGACCUCAGAUCCUAUGCCAGGCGAGGAUUGUACGGAGUGUCGGAGGGCUGCGUGGGCAAGUGCCAGUCUUCGCCCUGCCUCAACAACGGAACUUGUCUGGAGAGAUACGACACCUACUCCUGCGACUGCCGCUGGACCGCCUUCAAGGGCCCGAUUUGUGCCGACGAAAUCGGAGUGAACCUUCGCCCCAAUUUGAUGGUGAAAUACGAUUUCCUCGGCUCGUGGCGAUCCACCAUCAGCGAGAAGAUCCGUGUCGGUUUCACCACCACCAACCCCAAGGGAUUCUUGCUCGGGUUCUACUCCAACAUUUCCGCUGAGUACCUCACACUCAUGGUAUCGAACUCUGGUCAUUUGCGUGUGGUGUUCGACUUCGGUUUCGAGCGUCAAGAGAUAAUAUUCCAAGGGAAGCACUUCGGCCUGGGCCAGUACCACGACGUGCGUCUCUCCAGGAAGAACAGUGGCGCCACUAUGGUCCUGCAGGUGGACAACUACGAGACCCAGGAGUACCACUUCAACAUUCGCGAAAGUGCGGACGCGCAGUUCAACAACAUCCAGUACAUGUACAUGGGCCGCAACGAGACCAUGAACGAAGGCUUCGCCGGAUGCGUCAGUCGCGUGGAGUUCGACGACAUCUACCCUCUGAAGCUGCUUUUCCAACAGGACCCGCCCGCCAACGUCCGGGCUAUCGGUGGCAUUCUUCACGAAGACUUCUGCGGCGUCGAACCCGUGACCCAUCCCCCGGAGCCCAUCGAGACUCGACCUCCUCCACUGGUCGACAACACCGCCGACGAUCUCCAUCGCACCGACGAAGCCAUACUUGCGACCGUGCUGGCCUUCAUAUUCCUGCUGCUGAUCGCCGUGGCCAUAGUGUUGGUGCGUGCGCUGUCUCGCCACAAGGGAGAAUACCUCACGCAGGAGGAACGCGGAGCGGAAGGAGCGGCAGACCCCGACUCGGCGGCCCUCGCGGCCGCCACAGGGCCGAGGGUCACCAAGCGAAGGGAGUUCUUCAUCUAG